AUGAAAUUAACACGGUAAUUCCUACUUUGAUAAAAUUUCGGAAAAACGACAGCUACGAAAGAUUUUCUGUUUCAAAUUCACUUUUGAAAUGAAAUGUCUAAUCGAUAGUACGGGCAAGCAAGGUCAAUUCGCAGAUUGGAAACUGGCGGAGGUCCUUAUCUUUUCAGGAACCUUUUCCUGUCGAAUAAUUUCUUCUUUUUUUUUUUCUUUUGCUCUGUGAACGAGAUUUCGUCGGCCUUUUACAUUUACGAUUGUGGCACGGAACCGGUCAGCCGUGCCGAUUGUGCAGAUCGUCGCACGUGAUACUCGCGAAUGAAAAGCCGGGAUUUCGCGGCGCAAGUGGGUGCGCGAAAUAAGGGUAUAACGACGGAGAUAAGUCGGAUAAAAGAAAAAGAAAAAAAAUUCCUGUAGACUGUAAUCGGGGGAACUUUCUUCUCUAAAGGGGGAGAACCUCUAAAUUUCAGGAUAUUGGAUUGGAACCGGAUGUUUCUCGUCUUUCACGUUACGGUAAAUUAAAAUUGGGAGGGGGAUUGAUUCGCGUUUAUAAUUAAUGUUUUGUUUUAUUUACACAUUAUUUGUACCGUUUUGUUUAUACAGAGGCAGACUCUUCGAGUAUUACCGUAAACACGUCGAGACGGUUCGAGAUUAUACAUCGAUGUUAAACUGUAUAUAGUACACGCAAAUACACGUCACAGUAGGAUAACUUGCUCCGUACCUAGGGAUUGGUAGAAUUUAGUUUAACCAAACUUUCUGGACACUGAUUGGCAACGCUUGACUUGUAAAGGCUGAGUAAUAGAUGUUCGCUAUCGAAGAUUAAUUGGCGAAGCUUCGCUUCCGUCUCAAAAGACCUGGUGAUUAAACCGUUCGUUUUAAUUUUUGCAAAAAACGCUAUUUUAAUGUUUAAAUAAAUACUUCGCUUCGUCGGAUGAACGUGCUUGAGUUUCGUUCUAUUUCGCGUGCAAUAUUUUUCCUCUUCUUGACUUCUCGUUAUCGCACACGACACACAGUUUCAGAGUAUCUAGAACGAUGCAUCUAUCAGCAAAUGCUUCACUUUAUUGAUUCAUUUUCCUCGCUCUAAAUAUCUCUCAUCUCAAGAGAUCUGGUCUGAUUUUUGUAAAACAAAAAAAAAAAAUACUAUUAUUCAAAUACUUUACUUCAUCAAACAAAUGUGCUUGACUGUCGAUCCAUUUCGCUCGCAACAUUUUCCUCUUCUUGGCUUUUCAUUAUCGAACGCACACUUUCAGAGUAUCUAGAAUACGAUACGUUCAAACUCGUCGAGUGCUUCAUCUUAUUCACCGCGCGUUUGUCUCGAUAGUCGUGAUUUUUUUCCCCGCUCGGAACGUCGUGAAUCUUCGUUUUACGUACCGUUGAAGCUUCAUGAUUUCCUGUUGUUUCAGGUGACAGUCAGAGACGAUGGAAGGCCGUCUUUGUCGUCGACGACCCGCGUCGUGAUCGCGGUGGCAGACAUAAACGACCACGGUCCAGAGUUCGAGCAAAAGUUCUACACCGUUCAGAUCCCAGCCUCGCCGUCCACCGACAAGCCGCUCUUCCAGAAAUCGAGGAACCGCUCGCGGGAGUUCGACCUUUCGAUCGAUACGUUACUAGAGAAUGGAACUUGGGAGACAUUUAGCCCCGACAGCUUGUCUGGAGAUCCUAUCUUCAGGGUACUCGCGAACGAUAAAGACAUCGGUGAGAAUGGGAAGAUCCAGUACAGCAUCAAGGGUGGCCGCGGCAAGGGCAAGUUCAAAAUCCACCCUACCACGGGGAUGGUGUACUCUCAGCGUGGUUUCGAGGCUGGACAGGAAUACGAGAUGAUGAUAAGGGCCGCCGACAGCGGGGAACCGCAGCGCAGUCAUCAAACACGGGUGUCCGUGCAAGUUGUCGAGGUACCGAAGGAAUCCGAGAACCCGCCAGUCUUCAAGACGAACAAUCAGAGCGUCGAGGUUACGGAAAGCGACGAGGUAGGCUUCCUCGUGGCUCUCGUCCAGGCCACCGACAAGGACGGCGACUCCCUGUGGUAUGACAUUAUCGACGGUGACAAACGAGACGAGUUUUUCAUCGGCCGGGACAACGGGAACGUGCUGUUGGCGAAGAGGCUCGAUUGGGAGACGCAGAACUUUUACAACCUGACGAUCCGCGUCACGGACAGCGUGCUGACGGCCGUGACGCAACUAUUGGUCACGGUGAUCGACAUCAAUGACCACCGGCCGGAAUUCACCGAGAGCAUUUAUCACGUGGACAUCUCGGAGAACGUGGAGAAAGGCGAGAAGAUCCUGCAGCUGCACGCGACCGACGAGGACGAGGACAAGAAGGUGUUCUACAGCCUUCACGCCGCCCAGAAUCAGGCUUCCUUGGAGAUAUUCCACGUGGACUCGGUGACGGGAGCGGUUACCCUGAACGAGGUGCUCGAUCGGGAGGCCAUCGAGGAACACGUGCUCACGGUGAUGGUGAAAGACCAAGGAACGCCCGCGAAACGAAAUUACGCGAGAGUGAUAGUGACGGUGCACGAUCACAACGACCACGCGCCGGAAUUCAUCAGCGAGAUCAUCCAGGGCAAGGUGUACGAAACGUCUCCGAUUGGCGCCGCCGUGGUACAAGUCUACGCUAUAGACAGGGACAGAGGGGGGAACGCGAAAAUAACGUAUUCGAUCACAUCUGGCAACGUGGGUAACAUGUUCGUGAUAGAUCCGGAUCUAGGUGUGAUUCGCGUGGCUCGAGAAUUGGAUCUCAGUGUAUCCUCGGAGUACAUACUGCUGGUGAAGGCGACGGAUCACGGUUCUCCGGCUUUGUCUAACACCGUGCCUGUACACGUGAUGGUCACCAUGGCUGACAACGCCCCUCCCAGGUUCAUUCAAAAAGAACUGUCCGCCGAGAUCUACGAGAACCAGCAGCUAGGUACGUACGUGAAACACGUGGAAGCCAGGAGCACGUCCUCGUUGCAGUUCGAGAUCGUGCAAGGUAACAAGGACGACACGUUUUUCAUGAAUCCAAGUACGGGCAUCAUAGUGAUCAAGAACGAGCUAGACUACGAGAAGACCAAGUUUUACAAUCUGACGGUAGCGGCGACCAACAUGGCCAGCGCGAGGGCGCACUGCAACGUGAUCGUUCACGUUCUGGAUCGAAACGACAACGCGCCGAGGUUCCUGCAAGCAACGUACAGCGGAGAGAUAAGCGAGGGCGCUAGCAUAGGCUCGUUGGUACUGACCAACAGCAGCACCCCGUUGGUCAUAAAGGCCGAGGACGCCGACUCCGAAUUGAACGCCCUUUUGAACUACGACAUCGUCGAGGAUUUGCCUCGGAAAUACUUCCACAUAGACUCGAGCACCGGUGCCAUCAGGACCGUGAUGGUUCUGGAUCACGAGAGCAUUCCCAAGUUUACCUUCCACGUGAAGGUUUCCGAUCUGGGCAAACCGAAACUGUCUUCCGAGACCACCGCCAAGGUCAUGAUCGUAGUGACCGAUGUCAACGACUGUCCGCCCAAGUUCCUUGAAAACGACUACAACGCCACUGUACUGCUGCCCACGUAUAAGAACGUCGCGGUGAUCCAAGUGAGCGCCGCAGAUCCGGACAGUUCCGAAGGAGUCCCGCUCAGGUACGACAUCAUCGACGGGAACAAAGCGCACACGUUCGACAUAGAGCCUCAGACGGGCGUGAUCACGGUUUAUAAUCCGGAACGUAUGAAGAGAAGCUACCUGCUGAGGGUCCGUGUCUCCGAUGGGAAGUACUCGAACGUCUGCCAGGUGAACGUGAUGGUGGAGAAGUCGGAGAACUCCGGGUUGAUGUUCCAGAAGGACGUCUACGAGGGAACGAUCCCGGAGAACUCGACGAGGAUCACGACAGUGGCCGUUGUGAACGUUUUGGGCAGCGCGCUCAACGAGCACAUUGUCUUCAGCAUUCUGAACCCGACCGACAUGUUCGUAAUUGGGCCGACAUCCGGCGCGAUCCGCACCACCGGGAUUAGAUUCGAUCGGGAGGUUUGCGAGCAUUACGAACUGAUAGUGGAGGCGAAGAGUCACAUGCCGAGUAAAGAGAAGCCAAGGGUGGCGCACGUGAUCGUGAACGUCACUAUAUUGGACAUCAACGACAACUGUCCAAUGUUUGUUAACUUGCCCUAUUACGCCGUCGUGUCCGUGGACGCGCAGAAAGGCGACGUACACGCGGUAGACAUGGACAGCGGCGACAACGGAGAAGUCAGGUACGAAUUGAAAAAAGGUCACGGGGAGCUGUUCAAGGUGUGCCGGAAAACGGGCGAGAUAUCCCUGAAACAGAAUCUGGAGGGUCACAAUCGUGAAUAUCAGCUCACUAUUGCCGCGUAUGACGGAGGCAUAACACCGUGCUCGAUCGAGGUGCCGGUGAACGUGAAGGUGAUAGAUCGGUCGAUGCCAGUGUUUGACAAGCAAUUUUAUACGGACAGCGUGUUGGAAAGUAUCGAGAUACAUUCGCCCCUAGCUUUGUCUAUUCAAGCUGAGUCACCGUUGAAUCGCAAGCUCAUAUACAGUAUAACUAAAGGCAACGAUUUCGAGGAAUUCGCUCUGGAUUUCAACACAGGUGUAAUCUACGUGGUGGACGAGCUGGACUACGAGCAGAAGAAACAGUACGAGCUGACGGUUCGCGCGACGGACAGCGUAUCAGGCGUGUACGCGGAGGUGCUCGUUAGCAUUCUGGUGCUCGACGUGAACGAUUGCCCGCCCGAAUUCACUCAGGACUCGUACAACAUCUCGGUGUCCGAGGCUGCGCCGUUCGGCACUUCCGUGUUGAGAGUCAGCUCGAGAGAUAACGACACGGACAUAAACGAGCAGGUUCGCUAUGCGAUUCAGAACGACACGGAGAACAGCACGGACUUGUUCCACAUCGAUCCGGAGGAGGGUGUGAUCUUCCUGAAGAGAUCUCUGGACCACGAGGCUCACGAGUCGCAUCACUUCACGGUGAUCGCGAUCGAUCGCGGGGUGCCCAGCCUCUCGAGCACGGCUCACGUCUGGGUGACAGUGAUCGACAUGAACGACAACCCGCCCAAGUUCGAGCAACCAUCGUACACCUGCUCGUUGUCGGAACACGCGGAACGGGGUCAAUUCGUGACGGUGGUGUCCGCCAGCGAUCCGGACUAUGUGGACGAUAAACUUACGUACACGAUAGUCGGCGGUAACGAGCAACAAACGUACAACAUCGACCAGUCCACCGGCAUCAUCUCGCUGAUCAAUAUGCAGAACUUCGGCGAGAAGAAGCUCAGCAUGCUGAACGUCUCCGUCACCGAUAACGUGUACACGAGCUUCGCGCGAGUCAAGAUCGAGAUCUUGCCCGCUAACAGGCACAAUCCCAAGUUCCCGAAUCCCGUGGUCGAGGUAACGGUGUUCGAGAAUCAGUUGCCUGGCAGACUGGUCACGAGCGUGAUUGCCACCGACGAGGAUUUCGGUGAAUACGGCACGGUGAUAUACACGAUCGCUUCCGACCUGAUGAAAGAAAUAUUCGACAUAAAUAGACUGACCGGCGAGAUUGUAACUCGAAAGAAAUUGAAUCGAGAGGAACAGAAGUUGUACGAGAUACCGGUGAUGGCCACCGACGGGGGCGGCAGGUCGGGUUUCGUGAUCGUCAGGGUCAGAGUCGGAGAUGAGAAUGACAAUUCGCCCGUGUUCCUGCUGACAGAGUAUAAAGCCAGUAUUCACGGAAAUUUGACUAUUAACACGCCGUUCCUCAAGGUAAAGGCCGUGGACGCUGACGAGGAUGACGCUGCGAGGAUUGUCUAUUCGAUAUACGAACUGCAGACUUCGGAGGCGAAGGCGCUGUUUGGCAUCAAUCCUGACACCGGCGCGUUGUUCCUGCAGAAAAGUGCGAUACCAUGGGAAAACCAAUUAUUCGAGCUGUUUAUUCGCGCGGAAGACAAGGGUGGAGCGACGACUCAUCACGCCGACGUUCCUCUUAACAUUUACAUAAUGGGGCCCCAAGAUAUUCCACCUCUCUUCGAACGAAAAGAGGACAAAUUCUUCAUAUCAGAAGCGUCUCCCAUUGGGACGCCAAUAACAAGACUAAAAACCGUGACCAACACCACGGUCACGUACAGAAUAGUUUCCGGCGACGAGGAUUCCCCGCUCUUCACGAUCGACGCUCAUGGACAGAUCACUUUAGUUAAACCACUGGAUCGCGAGCUCAAGGACAAUCAUUUGAUCGGAGUCCUCGCUGAAACGGACUCCAGUCCACCAUUGACAGCUCUGGCCGAAAUAUCGCUGCAAGUGUUGGAUGAGAAUGAUCAUGCCCCGAAAUUCGAGAGCAAUCCGUAUGGUAUCAGCUUGGCGGAGAAUAUAGAGGAAGGAACGUCGAUCUUGAAAAUUGUCGCGCACGACGAUGAUCUGGGUAGCAACGGCGAGGUUCGAUACUCCUUCGGCUCGGACAUCGGCGAACUGGCGAACGUCUUCACCGUGGAUACGUACACCGGCUGGAUAUCGACGCUGGUUCUGCUUGACAAGGAGAAACAACCAGAGUACAAGUUUCAAGUGGUCGCUACUGACAAUGGGAAUCCGAAACACUUCGCGAGGACUUCCGUGCACGUGAAGCUGAAGGAUUACAACGACAAUGCCCCGGCGUUCGUGGACGAUCGUUACGAAGCAGCGGUAAACGAAGACGCUCUGCCGGGAACGGUGGUGGUGAAAUUGAUCACCGUGGACAAAGAUUCGGACGUAAAUACGCCGAUUGAGUUCUACAUAACAUCCGGCGACUCGAGAUCUCAGUUCCAGAUCAGAUCAACCGGCGAGGUAUACGUGGCGAAGGCUCUGGACCGGGAGACGAUCGAUCGUUACGAGUUGGAAAUAGUCGGCACCGACGGCAAAUACGUCUUCAAGACUCGUGUAACGGUGCAGGUGCUCGACGUGAACGACAAUCCACCGUACUGCCUGAGGUAUCGUUAUCGAGAGAUCCUGUCCGAGGGAUCGCAUCCUGGAACGUACGUGCUCACUGUCCUGGCCACUGAUUACGACGACGAACCAAACGCCAAGCUACGUUUCUAUCUGACCGGCGACAACAACGACAAAUUCUCGUUGGACAAAGAGACAGGCGUAUUGAAAACGAUCGGCCAGCUCGAUCGAGAGACUCAAGCGAAGUAUUCGCUCACGGCCCACGUGCAGGACAGAGACAAACCGUCGUGGGAAUGCUCCUCUCAACUAGAGAUCCUAGUCUCAGAUUUGAACGAUAACGCGCCGAAAUUCACCAUGCAAACGUACAGCGCCACACUGCCGGAAGACGUGGAGGUCGGCACGUUGGUAACCAAGGUACACGCCACGGACGAUGACAUCGGCAUUAAUCGUAAGAUCAGAUAUGAAUUCAUCGACUCUGCCGACGGCCAUUUCCUCGUCGCAGCGGACAGCGGCAUCGUUACGCUCGGCAAGCCGCUCGACAGGGAAACGAAGGCCAUGUACAACGUGACUAUACAGGCGGUUGAUCAGGGGACUCCUCAGUUGAUGAGUAUGACUUCGUUGAUCGUCAACGUGCAGGAUAUCAACGACAAUCCGCCGGAGUUUGCGUCCAAGGUCUACUUCUCGAAGGUUCCUGAGAUCUACGCGGUUGGAACGGAAGUGGCUCGAGUUCUUGCAACGUCGAAGGACACCGGAGUCAACGCCGACGUUUAUUACUCGAUCGUUGGCGGAAACGAGCACAAGAAGUUUCAAAUAGACGCGCGUACCGGUGUGAUCACCAUCGCGGAACAAUUGGACUUCGAACGCGCCAGGGAUUAUUUCUUGACCAUCCAGGCCGUGGACGGAGGCAUCCCGCCUUUGAGCAAUCACGCCACGGUGAAUAUCACCGUGAUCGAUAGCAACGAUAACGCGCCGAUAUUCAGCGAAGUUUCGUACAGGGCAUCAAUACGCGAAGACGCGAAGAUCGGAGAGAAAGUUACCCAGGUAUUCGCAAACGACUUGGAUAGCGAGGAGAACGGGAACGUGUCUUAUUACAUCGAACGAGGUGACAGGCAGAAGCAAUUCUCGAUCGAUCAGAAAACGGGGCAAAUUACUGUCGCCGCGCCACUGGAUCGCGAAGAAGUCAGUAUAAAUCAUACGCGCCGUUCAUUACGUAUCUUAAUGCGGCUGUGGCCGAUUUGCAAUGCAAUCUACAACGAUAUUUCAUGUUUCCAGAUCGGUAAUUACGUAUUGGAGGUUCAUGCCCGGGACAGCGGCAUACCUAUACUCUCGAGCUUCGUGAUGGUAAACAUCGAGGUUCUAGAUGCAAAUGACAACCCGCCGCUGUUCUCCCUUUCAAAUUAUACCGCGGUGGUGCAAGAAGACAAGUCCCUGGGCCACACCGUGUUACAAUUCCUGGUCACAGACGCCGAUAUCGAGCCGAACGCCGCGCCGUACACCUUCGACUUCCGGUCUGGCAACGAGGGCGACGCUUUCAGACUGGAGCAGGACGGCACGCUGCGAACCGCCACCAAAUUCAACAACAGGGUGAAAGACAAAUACGUGUUGCAUAUACGCGUCUUCGACAACGGAAGUCCGCCUCUCUAUUCUGACGCGUGGGUCGUGAUCAAAGUGAUCGAGGAAUCCCAGUAUCCGCCGCAAAUCACGCCUCUGAAAGUCGUUAUUAUUUCCUACAUGGACGAGUAUCCUGGUGGAAUCAUUGGAAAAGUUCACGCGACCGAUCAAGAUCAAUACGACACGCUUGCGUACGAUUUGGUCUCGUCCUCUCCUAUACCGAACGAUCUCUUUCAGAUCGAAAAGCUCGACGGCACGUUGGUGGCCCUCCCGCGACUCGACGUCGGCGAGUAUAGGGUGAACGUUAGUGUCACGGACGGGAAAUUUCAUUCGUAUUCUGUCGUCAAGGUGGACGUUGAUCUGGUAACGGAAAAGAUGUUGGAAAAUUCCGUGAUCGUGAGAUUCAGGGAGGUCAGCCCGGAGGACUUUGUACUAAGGCAUCGCGAGAGGUUCAUUAAAACCGUGCGCAACGCGCUGAACCGCAGAUCGGAAGAUGUCGUUAUUAUCAGCGUCCAACCUUCUACCGACGAAGUGAAUCUCAUCAAAUCUCGCACUAUUCGCCAAACCGUUCACAACGAUCUCGACCUCCUGUUCGCCGUGAAGAAGAGCUCCUCGCCUUUGGGAUCGUCGACCUUUUAUACCUCCGAGAGUAUCCGCGAGGCGUUGAAUCAGCGUAUCGAAGAACUCGAGCAAUCGACGAAAUUAGUCGUGGAAGAAAUCGUCAGAUCUAAAUGCAACAAAGAAUACUGCGUCUACGGGGAUUGCCAGGACAGAAUCAUUCUCGAUGUUAACCACAUAACGCCCAUAGCUACCGACGUGAUCAGUUUCGUGUCGCCGCGGCACAAGCACAAGAUGGAGUGCAGCUGCAAAGAAGGAUACGCCGGGAAUCAUUGCGAGGUAGUUGUCAACGAGUGUGCCAGGGAUCCUUGCCCACCGUUCAAGGUCUGUAUUCCCGAUUCCUCGGUCCAAGGAUACUCUUGCCAAUGCCCGGAGGGCUUCGCCGGGCAAACCUGCGACAUCGACAUCUCCAAGUGUCACGACGAGUCUUGUUACAUCCCACGGAAUCCGAUAUCAUUCAGCGGCAAGAGCUACGCUCGUUACAAGAUCGACAAAGCCCUGAUCAGGCAGACGAUCGAGGAUCGACUCAGUUUGUCGUUGAGGAUCAGAACGGUGCAAUUAACUGGAAACUUGAUGUACGCGGCCGGCAAGGUCGACUACAACAUACUGGAAAUCGUGAACGGAGUCGUUCAGUACAAGUUCGAUCUGGGCAGCGGGGAGGGUUUAGUCCGCGUGAGCAGCGUUUACGUGAGCGACGGACAGUGGCACGAGAUUCAAUUGGAACGAGAAAGCAACAACGCCAAAUUGAUCGUAGAUGGGAAGGGCGUGGCUCAUGGAUCAGCGCCCGGUAUCAACGACAUUCUGAACCUUCAGUCCGACGAUCUUUACUUGGGCGCCGAGGUCAAGCAACACCCGUCCAUUCUGGGCUUCGAGGAUGUUCAACGUGGUUUCAUAGGAUGCAUGGACGACGUCAGAAUCGCGAGAGUCUCGGUACCGUUGCACAUGAGCGGUGCCAGUAGCGUAGCUGUUCUGAAACGCUUCGCGAACGUGGAAUUCAGCUGCGACGCCGCCACGGUUCUUGUGCCGCCGGGCAUCUGCGGUUCGCAGCCGUGUCAAAACGGCGGCACCUGCAAGGAUUCCGGUGGCGAGAACUACGAGUGUCAAUGUCACAGCAGAUUCGCGGGGAUCGUUUGCGAGAUCGAUACCGAUCCUUGCGCCUCGUCGCCCUGUCUUUACGGCGGCCGUUGCAAAGUGACACCGGAAGGAGGCGACUACACCUGCGAGUGUGUCGGUCCGAGCUUGAGUGGGAAACGCUGUGAAUUUGGAAGAUAUUGCAGCCCGAACCCGUGCAUUCACGGCGGAGUCUGCGAGGAGGGCAACAACGGGCCGAUAUGCAAAUGCCAAGGAUUCAUGGGAGAACGUUGCGAGACGGACGUUAACGAAUGCGACGCCAAUCCGUGCACGAACGGAGGGACCUGCGUAAACGAAAUCGGGACGUACAGGUGCAUCUGCCCCCCUAACAUGACCGGACUAAAUUGCGGCAACCCGGCGUAUUCCACGCCGAUUAUAUCGAGCCACUUCAGAAUCACCUGGGAGCAGCUAAUGUGGAUUGGCGUCGCUCUAGCAGUAAAUGUGUUCCUAAUCGUCAUAUUCCUCGCCUUUCGACGAAUCAGGAUGAAACGGACAAGGGCGCGGGCGAACAAUAUCAACAACGAGACCAGGAAGCAAAUUGUUUUGAAUUCGGCGCGGCCUCACGAGCACGAGUUCAAACGAAGCUCGAAAUUGAGCAAUCUGGAAGUGAUACAGAGAGAACCUCCCCAAUGCCCUCCUAGACCCGCUUCCUACACUCCCAGCUCGAACAACGAACCAGCCGCGUAUGGUAACUCGGCAGCAGUGGCGCUAAAUAAUCUAGACACGCUGCGCAGUUAUGGCAGUGCCGGCGACGAGCUAGAGAAUUUCCCGCCAGAUUAUUUGAGAAACCUAAACCGCAGCACACCUGUGCCCCCUCCGUCCUUAACCCUCGCUAACCCAGUCGGCGGAAACGCUGCAGGCAGCGAUACGGAUAGCCUUCAUAAGCCAACCUGGCAAGAGCAGAUGCAACUAGCUUCCUUCAUCACGGACACGACAAAGAUCAAGAACGACCUGAAACGAGCGAGCCCAGUGGUACCGGAGCUGACCACUGGAGGACUUCUACUAAAUUCUUCUUCUCGACGCGUGCCUCAUGGAGGUGGGACCUCCGUUGCCUCCAUGACGUCCAUCGAGGAUGAUCCUCGUAUAGUCGGUGGGUAUCACUGGGAUUGUUCAGACUGGGUCAGGCCAAGCCAAAACCCCUUGCCUAAUAUCACGGAGGUGCCUGGAAGCGAAGUACCAGACUCGUCCAGCUUCCACAGCAACGAGAGUAACGAAUCAAACACUCAUCAGUUACCGUCAGUGCACGGCUCUGUAGAUCCAGCGCGGGACAUCGAGACGUUGAACGAAGAUCAAGAGUCGGAGUACGUCGGGGACUCGGAGUGCGGGACUGAGUUUUCCGAGCAGUAUCAGUGCGCGGAAACGCAACGUCUGAAUCCGCUGGACAGCGGCGGCGAGGGAGAGUACAAGUAUAAAGGCUCCGAGAGUUAUCUCCGCCAUCCGAACUCGUAUCUGCCGCAUUACAACAUCCACACGGACACGGAGAACGAAACGAACCCGUUGAAUGGACGUCUUAGUACUUUAGAAUCCGACGAGGAGGAAGACGACGUAGUGCCUUAUGGUUUCCCAAGCAGUCGACGCAACCGAUGCCACAAGGGGGACGAGGUCGACGACAUCGGUUCGGUGAUCACCACGCUCGAGGAGAGAAAUUCGCUGUUGGGCGGUGCGACCAGCAACAGCGACUUGUCCACCAACUUGUGCGAGAUCGACGACUCCGAGUACGAGAUCGCCGAUCAGAAGAGCAACGGCCGCCUGUGGUUGUCGGGGAACGGUAUCACGCAGACCUCGGUGUGACAAACAGUGGUGCCACGACUUGAGAACAGACUGUACGUGAUCGUGUUUUUCUGUGCAUCUUGAAUAAAAGACAGUGCGAAUGUUAUGUGAAUAUAUACAAUGAUGAAUUAUUGUACAUACGUAUUAUAUAUCGGCGCAGACGAUAGGGGGAAAGGUAAAAGAGUGUGUACAGAGGCAGCUAUGAGUAUAAGGAAAUUGAUGAACACGAGCUAAUUGGAAAGAACGGUACGGAAGCAAUCGCAUACUGAUGAGCCAACGGUGCGCACCGUCGUUCGCGCAUCGUACCUCGAAUCUCCUAUGUAGGUAGAGCUUAGGUACUCCGACGUACUUAAUCCCGCGAUCCUCGAAACGAUUACAUUCGGCCGCAAGCGUGAAAAAGAAAAAGAAAAAGAAAAAGAAAAAGAACACGUACAUGUAUCUGGGAGCAAUUCUUCUUUUCGUACGACUUUCGUUGUACGUUUCACGGUAAUUAAAAUAGGGCCAUUUGACGAAUUGGCGAUUCGGUGGUUUUUAUCGCACGUUCUGUCGAUGACGAAUUCAUUUGAUAGACGAUUUUACGAUAUAUAUACAUAUAUGGACCAUUAAGAGU